AUGCAGCAAAAACGACGAGCGUGGACGAGGACCAUCGAGAAAGCCAACUCCUCGCACUGGAAGCAGUUUCUAGACGAAGCUGGUGAAGGGAAGCUCUGGAAGGCCGCGACAUACAUGAAGCCCCGAGAGACAUGGGGUUGUGUCCCAACAUUGCGAGUGGGCUCGGAUGAAUGCACCCAAAAUGAAGACAAAGCGAGGGCAUUCAUGGAUGCGUUCUUCCCCGCCAUGAACAAACCCGAAGUCCGCCCACCCAUCGCAUCGGAGACGGAACUUCAGUGGCAUCCGAUUACUGAAGUGGAGAUCGAGCGAUCACUGAAAGCAGCUAAAGGGAAUACUGCACCCGGGGAAGAUCACUUACCGAUGCUGGUCUGGAAGAAGCUUUGGAAGCAUCUAAAGGCCAUUAUUGUGAGCAUCUUCGCAGUGUGUAUAGAGCUAGGACACCACCCGAGACAGUGGAGGAGCGCAAAAAUCAUCGUCUUACGGAAACCAGGCAAGCCGGAUUACUCGGCCCCUGGUGCUUAUCGCCCAAUCUCACUUUUGAACACACUUGGCAAACUCCUGGAGGCAGUGAUGGCCCGACGGUUGUCCUUUCUGGCGGAGAAACACGGCCUACUGCCAAACAGCCAGUUUGGCGGACGGCCGGGUAGGACCACCGAGCAAGCCCUACUAGUGCUGUCCAGUGCGAUCGACAAAGCCUGGUACAAGCACAAGGUGGUGACCCUAAUUGCCUUCGACCUUAAAGGUGCCUUCAAUGGAGUCAAUAAGACAAGCCUGGAUGCGUCGCUCCAGACAAGACGGAUCCCGCUGGUGGCCAGAAAAUGGAUUGCAAGCUUCAUGAGCGACCGGCACGCCAACAUUGGGUUUGACGACUUCCGCACUGAGACUGCUCCGCUGGUGAACGCUGGGCUAGCUCAAGGAUCACCACUUUCCCCCAUUUUGUUUGCAUUCUUCAACGCCGACCUAGUCGACCAGCCCGUCGACUCCCAGGGAGGUGCGUCGGCAUUCAUUGACGACUACUUCCGAUGGAGAGUGGGGGGUUCAGUUCAAGAAAAUUUGUCCAAGAUACAGUCUGAAGAUGUCCCUCGUAUCGAAGAGUGGGCGCGGCGAACUGGAUCCUGCUUUGCAGCGGAGAAGACCGAGCUUAUCCACCUCACCCGAAAGAAGGGAGAGCACAGAGAAGGACAAAUCAUCUUCGAUGGGACCGACGUCAAGCCAUCGCCUACAGCAAAAUUACUGGGGGUGGUGUUCGACCAGCAACUUCGCUGGAAGGAGCAUGUCCAGCAGGUUAUCAAGCGCGCCACCAAAACGGCAAUCGCCUUAAGUGGACUACGACUCUUGCGCCCUGAGCAGAUGCGACAGCUCUACCAGGCAUGUGUCGCGCCUAUAGUGGACUACGCAUCGACGGUCUGGCAUGACCCGCUUAGAGACAAAGUUCACAUCCGACACUUGAACACAGUUCAGAGAAACGUGCUGAUCAGAAUCCUGUCGGCGUUCAGGACGGUAGCAACCGCGACCCUAGAGUGGGGACAUUUGGGUGUGCACUACUGCUAG